GAAACAGCAACCAGCAGCAGCCGAUGCGCUCGAGGCGUCUCAAGGAGCGCCGCGUGCCCCGAAGGAGGCAUCCAACCCCACGACCCAAGCGCGUGGGACAAGCGGUGAGGACCCGUACUUCGUGCAGUUUGCCGUGGACGACAAGGACAAGCGUAUUAACUGCUCCGUUGCGUGACAAGCCUUUGUCAACAGCGCCGUUGCUGCAAACGGCUUCAUGGUGUCACUCUUGGCCAGUGCGUAUCACUUCGUUAGCCUUGCUGUGCGGGAGCAGUUCGGCUGCUCCUCAGCAGUCACCGCCCUCGGCUUUGUGCUCAAUGUCCUCGUGCGGGGACUGUCCGGUCUAAACCUUUGGCCUCUGUCCGACUCGUAUGGCCGCAAGUGCGUCCCCGGCGGUAGCUCGCUCCUCUGGGCACUGUUCCACAUCGGCACUCCGCGCAUGAUCAACUUCCACACACUGCUUGUCUGCCGCCGGCUCACUGGGCUCUUCGAAAGCACGUCGCUUGCCUUAGUCUCGCUCGCCGGUUUCGAGCUUUACGUGGAGCUCGAUAUUGCCAAGGGCACGUUCAUCUUCAUGGGUCUGUGUGAGCACCUGUCACGUUUUCAGCGUGAGAGCUCAUGCGGGCUCGGGCUGCAUCGCAGCUGCUGGCACCCUCGGGCAGGUCCUCGACCCCAUUGUUGGAGGCUUCGUCAGCGGAUUUGCGCGCCCGCUCGUGUAAGAUGAAGCAGGUUGGCACGUCGUCUUUUACGUCUCCAUCGUCGGUUUCUUUUUUGUUA